CGGCUCACUACCAUCGAGCAAAAGCUCGUCAAGUCCUUGACUUACAAGAAACUGCUGCUGAYAAACAGUACAUAAACCUCGCUUUUCUCCUCGAAUAUGGACACCUAUGCAGCUUUGGUUGUCCCAGGUGUUCUCACAAUUCUAGUUGUAGUCCUGACUUGGAUUUAUAUGCGGAAUGCGUCUCGUUUAGCGAGUGAAAGUUUGGCUACAGAAAUGACUUCCUCAAUGAAAAGGAAUGACAAGAACCGAGACGAAGAAAAAGAAGAACUCGAAAUUUCACAGGAAAAUGACCAAGACUCACUAAGUGAUGAAAAUCUUCGAGAAGAACUAGAGAAAUACAUGAUCAAACCUGGUGAAAUACAAGAUGUCUCACUGCCCAUACCACUGGACAAUGAGACUAUCCAACAUGAAAUGAAGGAAAAAGGAUUUGAAAAUAUACAGACAUAUUACAAGACAUCAAAACUACAGAUAAAAGAGAUGGAAGACAUGUUGACCAGACAAGAAAGGGAGCUAGAGAGAGAAGCACAAAGAAAACAACUGGAAGAAAUCUUUAAGCUGAUGGCUAGCGAGAAAGAGAAAUUUGGUGUUGACUCAAUGGACCAAGUUGAAGACCAAAUGAAACUCUAUGUACAGUAGCAUAUCCUGAUAUUCUAUAGCCAUCUAGAGUCAGACGUUCAUAACCAGCUGUAAGUUAAGCUUGAUAGUUUGCUGAAUCAACUCAGCAGCAUUCAUCAUCGUUUCUGCAUGGUUCUUAAUAUAUUUGAUUAUUAGCUGGCAAAAGAUGUUGUGUCGUUUCAGUUUCUUUUGCCAUGUAAGUUUGAAUUAUAUACGACUACCACUACACUCAGUUGAAAACAAGGUGCAUUUUGGUAUAGCUUGAGUAAAAGAUAUACAUCACAAUGCAGGAGGCCUUUCCCAAGGUACAUCUUAGUGCACAUUUCCGAUUACAAACUAAGGUGUUAAUGGAUGAUUAGAGCUAUUCCGAGGUUGAGGAAAAAAACUGGGUCAAGUUGGCAUUGCAGUGUAUUGUAGGACGGUUUUAUUAGGGGACGAGACAGAUGCCAUCUUAAAAAUACAGGUAUGUCCCAUAAAACAGUCUCACAAUGCACUGCAUUGCCAACAURAUCCAUUUCCUGGACCUGGAAACAGAUAAUAUAAUGUACUGCACUUUUGCAGCACUUUGUUUCMAAAUUCAAAACACUCCAUAGAGCAUUUUUCUUAUGAUUGCGGAAGCUUGUUGUUGUAURCUUUCCUUGAUGGGCUGAUUUUUUUUUAUUGGUUUGGCAGUGCAUAUGACCUUUGCUUGACCAUAUCUGUGCAAUGCUGUGCUUUGGGUAUUUGAUUAGAUGUAGAGUAAAUAAUUAUGCAAUGUGAUUGGUCUGGCAUAUGCGCACCUUGCCAUGUCAAGACCCUGUUUGUGCCUCAAGCUUUUCACAGUAAUAUGAAAAUUGCUCUACUGACUGACCUUAUGUUUGUAUUGCUGCUAAACAUUAACAGUAAUACUAUAAUAGUUGAGUAAUAGUUAUAAAUAUUGUUUAUAAAUAGUUCAUUAGCUACAACAAUUUUUGUUAAAUUAUUUUUGACUGUGCAAAUCCUUCUUGUAAAGUUUUCAUAGAUAAGGGAUGACUUCAAAGCAGUGGUUCAGUAGGGACUUAUUUCUAUAUGUUUAUUCAUUGGGUAGUGGAAUUACAUAGUCCCUCACCCCAUACAUUUGCAAAAAGACUAGAUACAUGACUUCAUACUAGGUGUCUGUAGUAACUUGAUGUCUUAAGUAACUGGGUGUCUAUAAAAACUCCUUGUUUUGUGCAGCUGGGUGUCUGUAGCAGCUGUUUGUCUGUAGUGAGUGACUCAGUGGGUAGAUUCCUGUAGUGACUGGGUGUCUGUAGCAGCUGUAUGUCUGUAGUGAGUGUCUCAGUGGGUAGAUUCCUGUAGUGACAGGGUGUCUUUAUCAGCUGUUAUGUCUGUAGAGUGUCUUAGUGGAAAGAUUCCUGUAGUAACCGGGUGUCUGUAGCAGCUGUACAUGUCUCUAGUGGGUGACUCAGUGGGUAGAUUCCUGUAGUGACUGGGUGUCUGUGGCAGGUGGGUGUCUGUAAUAUUCAGGGCUUGCCAUCCAGCACAUUUCUACAUACAAAUGACCUUGUCCCAAAUGUUUUUAUUAACUUCAUCUUGUUAUUUUAUUAGCUGUAUGAUUGCUUAGUAAUACAGUAUUUGUUUGAACAGGAAAAGUGGUCCACUCCUGCCAAGAAAAGAUUAAAAGGAUUAAAAGGAUUAAAAAAAAAAAAUAGAAAAGAAAAAAAGGAAAAGAAAGAAAGAAAGAAAGGAGAUAGAAAAUAGAAUGAAAGUAACAAGAAAGAAGAAGAAAGAUAGGAGAGACAGCAGAUUAUUGCCUAUAUUUUGUUCUCACUCAAAAUGCCACCUAUUGAGAUGAACUUUUCAUUUAUUAAGACAGUGAUAUGUUAAUAAAAAAAGAUAUUUUAAAAAUUAUUUAAAUUAUCUUAAUGACUUUAUUUGAAAGAUUCACUUUUAAUUGUAAAAAGGAAGAGAUCACAAAGGAUGGGUCUCUCUAAAAGAUUAAGAACAUUAUUAUAACCAUUAAGAGCUGUUAAUAUUUAAUUCAUUAUAUUCUCAUUUGUUAUUAAAAAUUGCUCCAUUAGAGUUCA